AUGUCUGACAACCCAUCAUUCGUGCUCAAGGACAUCCUGGAUGUCGAGAUCCAACAAAAGCCAGUUCCAGAGAGUGAGUCUACCAAGGGCCAGAUUCACGCGCGCUUACUUAUCGUACUAUCUUGUGAAGUUGACGCUAAUGAAAUCAUCAGCGGGAAGUAUCGCGCUACAGGGUGUUACAGGAUGGAACCUCUUUCCGUUGCAGUCCAUGCUGUCUCGAAUCUCGGUGCUUUGCUGUCAAACCAGUCCGUCGCCGUCUUUGGUUGUGGACCAGUUGGACUUCUAUGUAUGGCCCUCGCGAAAGCAUUGGGCGCUUCCCGUAUUAUUGCUGAAGAUAUCAUUCCUGAUCGCCUUGAAUUUGUUAAAACAUACGCUGUGACUGACACCUUCCUACCUCCUUCUAUGGAUAAGGGCGCGUCGGGGGUCGCAUUUUCAAUACGCAAUGCGCAGGAAAUGAAGGAGAAACUCGGUAUUGCUGAGCAUGGCCCUCGGGCGAUUGACUUGGUUUUGAAUGCUUCCGGCGCAGAGGCCUCUAUUCAGACAGGUAUCCGGAUUGCCAAGAGUGGUGGUACCUUCGUCCAAGUAACCGCGAUGUCACCAUUGACAUGUUUGCUGUCCUUGUGCAAGGAGCUCGUCGUCAGGGGUUCCUUGCGUUAUGGACCUGGUGACUACCCUCUCGCCAUCGCCCUCGUUGCGUCAGGCAAGGUCGACGUCAAAUCCCUGGUGUCGCACCGUUUCCCAUUCAGACAGGCAUGUGAGGCAUUUGAAAUCACUCGCAUUGGCAAGAGUCCCGAUGGCAAAGGGAUCAUCAAGGUCAUGAUCUCUGGUCCUGACGUCGACAUCAACGAGGUUUGAAAGUCACAGCAUUUAUCACGGAUGCUACACAGGCAGAUUUUUGUUGUUUUGAUUGCAUUGAAAGUGGAUCCAAAGGAAGUUGGUACACGACGUAGACACAAAUUACUUCCACAGGAUCAAACACUACGUAGUUGAUACACGCCACUCUAUGGCCAAAAAUUUGAUGUCCGAAUCUACAAGUCACGUCAUUCCUUGAUAGCUUCUCUAGGUUCAUGCAGGACUUGAAACGCGCGCGGGCGGAGACGAGGGAAAGAAGAGCCAAAGGACGAACAUGGACACAGUUUGAGAGACGGUCACAUAGCAGAAGACCCUCAUGCCGUCCUUGUUCGAGAUUAUGCCGGUAAUGAACGGGAGCACGG